GGAUCAGGGGGUUCUGCUGAGGAAGGGAGGGUCCCGGCUUCACCUGCGGGGCGCGCUGGAAGCCGCGGCCUUUGAGUCCUGGGGAGGCGGCGGGUGCUCCUCCCAGGCGGGUGGACAGGCCUGGGGGUGAGGCCGGUAGGAGUAAAGAAUAAGUAGGAAUAAGAAGGGCCCAGAUCUAUGAGGAAACGAGAGGUUUGAGGACCUCCCGACGUCUAGGUAGAGAAUGGGGCCCCCGGGGAUGUCAGGGGAUGGGAAACCCUGGUUUCUGAGGACCGGAGAGAAGAUAUUCGAGGGCAAGAAGCUCAGCGUACCCCCACUUUCUGAAAUGUCUGGGGAGCUGGCCCGGGGGAACCUGACCUGAGGGUCCAGGUGAAGGCGUGUCGAGCCUUGACUGAGGGUCAGGGAAAGGCUUGGCUCUCCCAGGAGUGGAAGGAGACCGGCAUUGCCCUCUCAAGAUGAAAUGAAGAUCAAAACCACUUUAUAGCAGAUACAAAAGGGGCUUUGAUGUCUGCUCAGGAGAACCAAGAAGUGGGAUUUUUUUCUCAGCCUGGAAGAUGAGAGAAAGGGAGGAACAGCAGCUUCAGCUAUCUGACUUCAUGUGAAAGAUGGCUAAUGCAGAAGUGAGUGUCCCAGUGGGGGAUGUGGUUGUGGUACCCACUGAAGGAAAUGAUGGGGAGAACCCUGAAGACACUAAAACCCAAGUGAUCUUGCAGUUACAGCCUGUGCAACAAGGUUUGUUUAUCGAUGGACACUUUUACAACAGGAUUUAUGAAGCUGGGUCCGAGAACAACACAGCAGUUGUGGCAGUAGAAACUCACACGAUACACAAAAUUGAAGAAGGGAUUGAUGCAAGCACUAUAGAAGCAAAUGAAGAUAUGGAAAUUGCUUACCCUAUAACUUGUGGGGAGAGCAAAGCCAUUCUUCUCUGGAAGAAGUUUGUAUGUCCAGGAAUAAAUGUGAAAUGUGUCAAGUUCAAUGAUCAGUUGAUCAGCCCCAAACAUUUUGUUCAUCUGGCUGGCAAGUCCACCCUAAAAGACUGGAAGAGAGCUAUUCGUCUGGGUGGAAUCAUGCUCAGGAAAAUGAUGGACUCCGGACAGAUUGAUUUUUACCAACAUGACAAGGUUUGCUCCAAUACCUGCAGAAGUACCAAAUUUGAUCUUCUGAUCAGCAGUGCAAGAGCUCCAGUGCCAGGACAGCAGACAAGUGUGGUGCAGACACCCACUUCGGUCGAUGGUAACAUCACACAGAUUGCCAUCUCAGAAGAGAGCAUGGAAGAAGCAGGGUUAGAAUGGAACUCGGCCCUCACUGCUGCUGUCACCAUGGCCACAGAAGAGGGAGUGAAGAAAGACUCAGAGGAAAUUUCAGAGGACACUUUGAUGUUCUGGAAAGGAAUAGCUGAUGUAGGGCUGAUGGAAGAGGUUGUAUGCAACAUACAGAAGGAAAUAGAGGAGCUACUCAGGGGGGUUCAGCAGCGGCUCAUUCAGGCGCCCUUCCAGGUCACCGAUGCUGCUGUUCUCAACAAUGUGGCACACACAUUUGGCCUAAUGGACACGGUUAAGAAGGUUUUGGACAACAGAAGGAACCAAAUAGAGCAAGGAGAAGAGCAGUUUCUCUAUACUCUGACAGACUUGGAACGCCAGUUGGAAGAGCAGAAGAAACAAGCUCAAGAUCAGAGGCUGAAAUCCCAGACAGUUCAAAAUGUGGUAUUGAUGCCUGUGAGCACUCCUAAGCCUCCAAAAAGGCCUCGACUCCAGCGGCCAGCCUCCACCACCGUCCUGAGCUCAUCUCCUCCUGUCCAGCAGCCUCAGUUCACAGUCAUCUCACCCAUCACAAUCACCCCAGUGGGUCAGUCAUUUUCCAUGGGCAAUCUUCCAGUGGCCACCCUCAGCCAGGGCUCCAGUCCUGUGACUGUCCACACACUGCCUUCUGGCCCUCAGCUCUUCCGCUAUGCCACAGUGGUCUCCUCUGCCAAGAGCAGCUCACCAGACACAGUGACCAUCCACCCUUCAUCUAGCUUGGCGCUGCUAAGCUCUACUGCCAUGCAGGAUGGGAAUACCCUGGGCAACAUGACCACUAUGGUGAGCCCUGUGGAGUUGGUGGCCAUGGAGUCUGGCCUGACCUCAGCAAUCCAGGCUGUUGAAAGCACCUCAGAGGAUGGGCAGACCAUCAUUGAGAUUGACCCAGCCCCAGACCCAGAGGCUGAGGAUACUGAGGGCAAAGCAGUCAUUUUGGAGACAGAGCUUAGGACUGAGGAGAAAGUUGUGGCUGAGAUGGAAGAACAUCAGCAUCAAGUCCACAAUGUGGAGAUUGUGGUCUUAGAGGAUUAACUGGGGAUAUUGGGGCCAGGAAAUAUGUUUUGGUUUGAAAUUUUAAAUAUUUGUUUACUUUUAUCAUUGUCCCACUCAUUUCCAUGUAGGAUCCUUUUUUUUUAAAGAAAAACAAAUCUCAUUGAUGUAACUGAAUAUGUUGGGUCCCUCCCACCCCCUCAUUGAAAAAAUGGACAAAACAAGCUGUCCUUCCAGAAGUUGAGAGUAGGUCACUCAAUGUCCUCAUCCUCUUACACCAAGAAAGUUACUUCUUUUAGGGGAGGCAUCAAGAUAACCAGAAACCUAUUCCAAAAGCCCUUUCCAGGCUAAUCUAUCUGUGUACACAGACCUGAUACUGGAAGGCAACCCACUCACACAUGGAUGCAGAAGGAAAUUUAUUUUGUAUCCUGGAAUGGGCCCUUCGAGGCCAGUGCAAAACUCUGAAAGGAAGUGGAACUCUGCUUGGAGGGGGAACUCUGUUGCUUGGAGCAGCAGUUUAAAAAGGGAAGUGCUUUGCCAGGAUGGGGCAAAGAAAUUACCUUAUUUCCAGAAGUGCAACUGAUGCCUCUUGGUAUCUCUGAGGGUUACCACUAUAGGUGCCAUUUUGAGGAGAGGCCAGUGGUAAGUGGAAGGUACAUUGGCAUGGAGCAAGUAGCAUCAGGAGAAAUAGAAAUCCAGGGAUGUCACAGCUGUGCUUUGGGACUCAAGCUCACCUUGCCCCCAACUUUGUCAAAGCACUUACCUUUCUAAACUAGGAUCAGUCCAUUAAUCUGUGAACUGUGUGAUAUGGUGUAAAUUGCUCUGGUUCUUGAACUGUGGCUGUUGUGGGGUGAGGCUCCAAGCCCAUCAUUUUAUUGCAUGACUCCAGGAGCAGAGGAAUUCUUCAUCCAGACCAGCUGCCCUUUUUGGUGGGGCCCUCUUUUGGCUUUGGAACCAAAAGCAACCACUCAUUUGGUGCUUCCUCUUGUUCUACCCUCUAUCCCUUAACUGUUAAUGGCAUCUGUCUCCUGGAUCCCAUGCUCUUCAGCUUUUUAGCUGAUUUGGAGAACAGUGACAGGUGCCUGCCUUCAUCCCCCUUUAGAGUCAUUUAUACCACAGAUCUUUCUGUGAGACUGAGCUCAUAAAAAAAGCCUUAGGCUUGGCAGGAAGACUCAACACCCCUAGCCUAUCCUGAGGCACCGAAUGGAUGUCUCCUACUGAGCAAGCUGGACUCCCUGGGAAAGAAGCAUUGUCUGCAACAUUAUAUUAUAGGAAAUGUACCAGAAAUGUCAAUAAUAAUGUCUUUGGGGGGUGUGUGUCUUGUUUUCUUUCUCUUUUUAUGUUUUUUGUAUAUUUAGAGCUGGGCCAUUUUCUGUGCUUUGAUUACUUCUCUUUGGCCAUCUUCAGUGUUUGGGGUAAGAGUGGACCCUGGUUUUUAUUUCUUUUGGUUGCAUUGUUUACUGCAUUAGGAAAAAUAUAGGGAAACUGCAGACAGUAUAAAGGAAAAAUAGGUCAAGAAAGCACACACCUAAGGAGUGGGAGGGUUUUUGUUUUUAAUUAAAACUUAGACCUAUAGUUACUUUUUUUUUUUUUAAGAAGGCACCCACUUGAAGCCAUGCUUCUUCCAGCAGAUGUUGGAAACCCUGUUGUCAAGCAAGUGGAAACAGUUCUGCUACCCCUCAGAAGGAUGUAUAUAGCUGGAGAAGCCCUUUAACUUAGGAGGGUCAGUCAUAAAAGCCUUAAGGGUGAGAUUUCUGAACCCCAUACAGUUGUAGUUUUCAACUUUAAAAUUGUCUGGGGUUGUAUUUUUCUUUUCAAAAUAUUUAAUAGAUGUAGCAGUCAGCUUAGAACAAACCUUUGGCCCUUUAUAUAUCUUUAGUGAGGAAAGUGGCUUUUUUUCUUGCUUCUUUAGGUUUCCUGUUAGUACAUAAACAAAACCAGUAUUUCUGUCUAAGAGUAAAACUGCUACUUGAACCUAGAAAGGCAUAUCAUCCCUAUUGUGGUUUUUAGGGACAUUUUUCUCUUUCCCAGAGACAGGAGUCCCAUUUCAGGACAGAGGAGCAGCCCUGGAGAACACCUAUACACUAGUUCCGGUUCCUUUCUUCCCUCCAUCUGAGCUGUUGGUAGUGUUUUAAAGUAGUGUGAACAUUAUGCUUCCAAAGUCAAGAGAUUUCCUGCUAACAGAGCCUGUUUACUUUUACUUUCUGUAUAUUCCAGCUAGUGGAAAUACAUGAGCUUUGUUGUUUUCUGGUCUUCCAAUAGCCUGUCAUUAUUGCUAGAUGCUAUAGCACCCAUUGUUGAGUGGGAGUUCCCUCACAGCCCUGGUGUAGAUGAUCUCAUAUGGGGUGAGACAUAUGCAAGCCAUUGGUCUGUGCACAGGCAUUUUCAAUGAAUCAUUCCUCAGGUUGACUUUGCAGUAGCCAUCUAUCUUUCUGUUCAUUCAUUCAAUAAACAUUUAUAAGUAUGA